CAGCGACACCAACAGCAUUGGCAAUCGCACUGCGUCAUUUUGAGUGCUUUUAAGUGGCUUCGCGUGAACGGGAGAUUUCCCGCACGGACUCUUAUCAACGGUUGAAUCAGUGACACGUCUCCGCGAGAACUGGGGUUCGUUCGUAUACGUCCACGCGCACGCUCGCGCCCUCAGACGUGCGCGUGACACACCUUCGGUUAGCCGUCGGGCUAACAUUAAGCUAAAUUUCCGGUGGGCGCGCGCCGGGCUCGGGCUGUGUGUGACUUCGGUGUUAUGCGGUGAGGCGAGCGAACGAGCGAGAGUCCGACCGCGACUGUCCCCCUCGGCCGACCAUCGGGAGCCGCCAUGGAGUGCCGCGUCCUGUCCAUCCAGAGCCACGUCGUCCGAGGAUAUGUGGGCAACAAGAGCGCCUCUUUCCCGCUGCAGGUUUUGGGCUUCGAGGUGGACUCCAUCAACUCGGUGCAGUUCUCCAACCAUACAGGCUAUUCGCACUGGAAGGGCCAAGUUUUGACAGCGGACGAACUGCACGUUCUCUACGAAGGCAUCAAGCUCAACAACGUGCACCAGUACGAUUACGUUCUGACAGGCUACACCAGGGACACGUCCUUCCUGGAGAUGGUGGUGGAUAUCGUUCAGGAGCUCAAGAGAGCCAAUCCAAAUUUGGUGUACGUGUGCGACCCGGUGCUGGGUGACCACGGCUCCAUGUACGUCCCUCAGAACCUCUAUCCGGUGUACAAGAACAAGGUGGUUCCCGUCGCUGACAUCAUCACUCCCAACCAGUUUGAGGCAGAACUGUUAACGGGGAAGAACAUCAGCACAGAGAAGGAUGCCGUGGAGGUGAUGGACCUGCUGCACGCCAUGGGCCCGGACACGGUGGUCAUCACCUCCUCCGACCUGCCCUCCAGACUGGGCGAUCGCUUCCUGGUGUCGCUGGGCAGCCAGCGUCACGUUCGCCCCGACGGCAGCAGGACAACGCAGAGGGUGAGAAUCGAAGUUCCCAAAGUGGACGCCGUCUUUGUGGGGACGGGCGACUUGUUUGCCGCUAUGCUGCUGGCGUGGACCCACCACUACCCGAAUGACCUCAAGACGGCUUGUGAGAAAACGUUUUCGGUGAUGCAUCACGUCAUCCAGAGGACCAUAUCGUAUGCUCACGAACUGGCAGGUCCCGGUCGGAGGCCCAGCCCCCCCCAGCUGGAGCUGCGGAUGGUCCAGAGCAAAGCGGACAUCGAAGACCCCGCCAUCGUGACGGAGGCCACCGUCAUAUCAUAACGACCGCCACAGCCACAGCGUGCCGGCACUCUCAAGGUCAUUUUGUAACUCAUCAACCCCCUUUUGGUCCUCGGACCCUUUGUAGUCCUUCUAGCUCCCCCCCCCGACACAAGCCAUUAGCCCCCCCGCGCUGAGCCGCGGAUCGACAGGAGUGGCGACCGUUCAAAAACAGGACGUGUGACGCAACACCCCCCCACCCCCCUGCGUGCUCCGAAAUUGUGUCUCUGCGGCUCCACGUCCACUUCCGCGCAUUUUUUAGCAGUGAUGUGAUGGUGAUCAAUCAGCCCGCCCCACAGAAAAUACUACGAGGAGGGGGGGGGGGGAGAAAAAAAAAUGCACAAUGUAUAGUUGAUGUAUAGAUGUUGUACUCUAACUGUAUCGGAGCGUCUGUAUGAUCGUGUCUCGUUGACCGUUGUGUGCUACUCGGCUACACGCGCGCUAUGUGAAUGAACUUCUCAAAGACAUCAGUACUUGUAUUCAAAUAUUUGAAUAGUACCUCCAUUUUGAAGUGGGCGGUACACGCAUAUCGAUUUGUCACAUCUGGGCUGAUUUUUGGAACCUAAGGGACCACACAAGCGUGUCCUUCCUUGCUCUCCUUCGUGUGCCGUCCCCUCGAGAUAAGCAGCGAGCACCAACGGCAACGCGAUAAGCCGAGCGGUCAUCGUGAGUCUCUUCCCCCCCCCCCGAUCCUGAUGUGUGUUUCCAAGCCAUUCGGGGAGGGGGGAAAAAAAAAAUCAUCCCAUCUUGCAAUAAUGUCCUAAUUAUCUAUCUGGAGCUCCUCUUCACAUCCCUUCGCUUCCGCGUCAGCUUCAUCGCGCUUGCUUGUCACUCUUUUUGACUCCAGUGUCUUAGCUUCCUGCCAGCCAAGCGGGCGGCCAUGUUGAUCGGUCCAAAUGUCCACCUGUCGUGUCUUUUGCGUGCGUGUAUUUCUAUUCACGAAUGGUCACAGGGUCACGCGCGUGUGUGUGUGUGCGGGAGAUGAGAAGGCCGUCAAAACGCGAGAAAUAAAUGUGGCCAAAUAAGAACAAAGGUGGAGGCUCCUUCAAAUUGAUUUGAUGGAAAUACAAGAAGCAAAAAAUUAAAAAAAAAAAAGUAAAACUAGUUUUGAAUGUCAUCAUCGUCUACUUUUUCUAGAAUUGACGUGGGGGGAAAAAAGAUCUACAAUUAGAUUUUUGUGAGAAAAAAACCCCCAAAGGAUUUUAAGGACUUGGAUGACGGAGAAUCAUCAUUGAUGUCCCGAGAA